AUUACAGUACACAGGUUUAUGUAAAGUUGACUGUUUCAAAAAAGUUCAAGAUUCUUACAGCAUUUCUAAGCUCACUUGAAAGGAUUGCCAGACUUUAUAUAUCUUGGAGGAGGGGAAAAUUCUCAAGCCUCAUUGUAACUGAAGAGAAACACAAGGCUCUCAACAAAGUACGAAGAGACUACUACUGCUGCAACCAAGAAAUUAAGUUUAAAACAUGGCUACUCGAGACUCUGCGGUUGAUGAGGCAAUAACUGCAUCAGGCGAGUCCACAUGGGAACGGGCUACAGCAAAAGCUAAAGACAAAUUUGACGAGCUCGUAAAUGUCUCGCUUAUCAUCGCUGUGACUGGAAAGACAGGAGCUGGGAAAUCUUCCUUUAUAAAUGCACUUAGAGGUCUACGUAAAGAUGAUGUUGGAGCAGCUCCUACUGGAGUCACAGAAACUACAAUGGAGCCCACCAUGUAUGAGCAUCCUGGAAUGCCAAAUGUGAAGAUCUGGGACCUGCCUGGAAUAGGAAGUCCAAACUUCAAAGCAAAAAAAUACCUUAAAGAUGUCAAAUUUAACACCUAUGAUUUCUUCAUCAUCUUGAACUCGGAGAGGUUCAUGGAGAAUGACGUCAUGCUGGCUAAAGAAAUAAGAAAAUGCAAGAAAAGCUUUUACUUUGUUCGUUCUAAGAUUGACAAUGACAUCCGUGCAGAGCAAAAGGAGAACAAACGAUUUGAUAAGCUGAAAGUGCUUGCCAAAAUAAGAGAGGAUUGUCAAAAAAACCUACAAAAAAUGGGAAACCCCAAAGUUUUCUUGAUUUCCUCUUUUUUCUUGGAUAAAUAUGAUUUUGAAAUACUUCAAAACACACUAGCAGAAGAGCUCCCAGAACAUAAGAGAUCUGCUCUUCUACAAGCCUGGCCUGUGUGCUCUGCUGAAUGUCUUGAGAAGAAGAUCAAAAUGUUUAAAGGUCUGAUCUGGGCUGUAUCUCUUGCCUCUGCUGGCAUAGCAGCCGUCCCUUUGCCUGGACUAUCAGUAGCAUGUGAUACAACUAUUGUGUUGCUUUUCCUCACCAGAUGCUACUAUGCAUUUGGUUUGGAUGACAGAUCACUGAAAAGGCUUUCAGAAAAAGUAAACAAGCCCUUGCUGGAAUGUCGGGACAAAUCAAAGUUUGCAGCUGCUAUUAGAAAUAAAACAAUGACCACAAUACAGACAUCUGCUAUGUUUAUAUCAGUUUCUGUUGCUGAAGAAUUGCUGAGUUUGAUUCCAGUUGUGGGCAGUGCUGUUGCUGCCGGAUUGUCCUUUGCUUCUACUCAGUUAUUCUUGAGAAAAGGAUUAAAUGAAUUGGCAGAAACUGCUCGAGAAAUUAGAAAAGAAGCUGAGCUUGACAAAAUGUCAAGUAACCAGGGAUGUCACAGAGAAUAAUAACCCCUAAAAUAGAUGUCCACAAGCUGGCCUGAACAUGUGUUUCUUUAAUUAUCAUA